UGGAGCCGCUUGCUGUCCGUCAGAAGUAUUCCAAUCAAAACACUCAAUUAUAGUCGCUUUUAGUGCAGCGUGCGGAGUGCGUUCGGUUUUAUGGAUGUUGGUCGCCAAAGGGUUCGGUGCUGAGCUCGGCCGGGGCCCUUAGCUCGCUUCGAGAGAGCUCCAUACCGAGUGUGUGUGCUCGUAGUAUGAACGAUUCUCAAACAAUGAUGCACCCUGUUUCUCAACUCCCUUCAGCGAGCAUGGCCGGCCAUGUAGGGGCUCAGCACGGCUACGGACUAGCCCAGCCGUCUCAUGUGGUCAACCCUGGGUCCCAGGGGGGCACCCCGGACCAGGACGCCCCCAAACACGACAUCUCCGAAAUACUGCAACAAAUCAUCAACAUUACGGACCAAAGUUUGGACGAGGCUCAAGCGAGGAAGCACACGUUGAACUGUCACCGCAUGAAGCCAGCAUUGUUUAGUGUUCUAUGUGAAAUAAAGGAAAAAACAGGUGAGUAAUAUCCCAACAUGCUGCUGCGUGACAAAAAUUGAUCAUAUUUUGCUGUGAUUUUACCCAGAUCAUUUCUUAAUCAAGUAUUUCCUUUUUAAUGCUGUGUUUCUUUGACAUAAACAAAUUCCUAUUUUGAUGGGUUUCAAAGUUUUAAAUAUUUUACCACAUUGUUGUGACUUAAUGAGCGUUUUAGCCCGAGCAUUGAUGACAGACUCCCUCAAAGACUACGGAGCACUCCUAUAGAAUGAGAGCCUCCCCUAAAAGAGACUGACUCUUUAAAACACUCU